AUGUCUUCAUCGAAGUUUUUCACCGUGGCUGCGGCUACUUUUGCACUCAUUGCUCCUGCUGCCGCUCUCUAUGAUGCAUCAUCACCUGCAAAUUUGGCUUUGUACUGGGGUUCCGGACCGUCUCAAACCAAUCUUUCGUUCUACUGCGAGCAAUCUACAGUGGACAUCAUUCCAUUGGCUUUUAUGAACGUUUUCCCAGCACAAGGUGAUGGUUAUCCAGCUGAGAACUUUGGUAACGCUUGUUAUGGUCAGCCAAUCUUCACACCAGGUCCAGGCUAUCCAUUGGGAGAUGUAGACACUUCGAAAGAUCAACUUUAUGUUCAAUGUCCAGGCAUUCAAGAGGGAAUUCCUUACUGUCAAUCGUUAGGAAAGAAGAUAUUGCUCUCUCUUGGAGGAGCUUCCAACACUUAUCAACUCACAGGUGCAGCUGACGGAGAAUACUUCGCCGAUUUCUUAUGGGGAAGUUAUGGACCUUUCAAACAAUCUUGGGUGGAUGCUGGUGGAAUUAGACCAAUGGAUGGUGGUUACUAUGGAACUGAUCCUAGUGUUCAUAUUGAUAUUGAUGGAUUUGAUUUCGAUAUCGAGUUUGGUCCUACUGAUUACUCCGAAGGUUACAUCGCCAUGAUCAACAGACUCCGAGAACAUUUCGCCGAGAACCCAUCGAAGAAAUAUCUUAUUUCAGGAGCUCCACAAUGUCCAUUGCCAGAGCCAAAUAUGGGAGCCAUGAUUGCUGGUGCCCAAUUUGAUCUUUUGUGGAUUCAAUUUUACAACAAUGCCGCAGCCCAAUGCACAGCUCGUCAAUGGGCCGACAACUAUGCUUUAACUGGACAAGAAGACUCCCUAUCAUUUACCUAUGAUAAAUGGGUGUCAACCAUUAACAGUGGUGCAAGUGCUGGUGCCUUAAUCUAUCUUGGUCUUCUCGGUUCUCCCUUGGCAGGAACCGCAUCUGACUACAUUUCUCCACUCGAGGCUCAAAGCUUGAUUGAAUCUUAUCACCACAAACCUCAAUUUGGAGGUGUCAUGAUUUGGGAGGCUACAUAUUCUCAAGAAAACACAGAUGCGGAACUUAACGGAGAUUCUUACCACGGAUUUAUUAAGUCUUGUUUGGAUCCCUACGCACCACCUCCUCCCACUUCGACAUCCUCGAUUGUUCACAGCACUACUAUUAGUAGUUCCAGCUCUACUUCAGAAGUUUCUACUACUUCUAGUGUUCUAACGUCGACUGAGUCAUCUGCUGCUGCUAGUAGCACCGUGAUCUCGAUCUCAACUACUUCGACCUCGGCUUCGGAAUCUUCUGCCACACCAACUUUGGUUUCUUCGGAAUCUUCGACUGCUACAACCUCGACUUUGUCGGAGACCUCAACCACUCCAUCGCUUACUUCUACAUCAGUUUCAGAGACCUCGGUAACCACAUCCUCUUCAUCAUUGGAAUCUUCCGCUGCAGAAUUUUCGACUUCUUCUGAAGUUUUGCCAACUCAAGCAUCAUCUGGCUACACCAUUCCAGGAUACUCUCACAAUGCAACAUCUUCUUUGACCCAUUCGCAAGUCCAUUCCUCAAAGCCAGCUGGAAGUGGCACAUUGCCAGUUCAUUCUUCAGAGCCCACUGGUAGCUACACUUUCACCGGACAUUCUUCCAAAUCUACAAGCAUCGCAACAGGCUAUACUUCAAAGUCUCACUCCGCUAAGCCAUCUUCCGGUCAUACUUCAGUGUACUCCUUUAAUUCUACUACUAGUGGAAGUGUUCAUUCGUCCAAGCCAUAUCCAACUAAGUCUUCUGUAGUUGGUACUGGAGCAUCCACCAAGCCAUAUCCAACUAAGUCUUCUGUAGUUGGUACUGGAGCAUCCACCAAGCCAUAUCCAACUAAGUCUUCUGUAGUUGGUACUGGAGCAUCCACCAAGCCAUACCCAACCAAGUCUUCCGUUGUUGGUACCGGUCAAUCUAGCAAACCACUCCCUACCAAAUCACUUGGAACAGGUGUUAAAUCUUGCAAGAGCAGAUCCAAGACUAAGACCAAGACCAAGACCAAGACAUCAUCUGCAGGCCCAUCAGGAUAUCCGGGAUCCACUUCUUCCAUCGUUAUCUCAUCUACUGCUCCAUAUGGAAACAGUACCUACAGUCACUCAGAAACUACUCCAGCUUCUAGCGCUACAUCUUCAGUCGAGGGAAUCACUGUAUCUUCAGGUACCGCCACCGAAACUGGACCUGGAUUUAGCGCAACUGAAUCAACCGUGGUAGGAUCUUCGACGACUGGUAGCAGUGAGCUCUCAACUGGAUCUACUACCAACAGCGGAUCUGUAACCUCAGCAACUGGUUCUAUCUCGGCUACUGAAUCUAUUUCAUCCGGAACUGGUUCAAUAACUUCGGCUAUUCAGUAUACUACUUCGACAGCCUAUGCUACUACAGUCUAUACUAUUACUUCUUGUGCCGCAACAGUUACUGACUGCCCAGGAAGAAUUGGAUCUGUAACCACUGAAACUAUUUCCUCUUACACUACUGUCUGCCCUGUCACUGCCACUACCACCUCGACAUCAUCUGCUGAGGGAAUUUCCGUAUCUUCAAAAUCAUCUUCGGCUCCAGGAGUUACUGCAUCGCAAACAUCAUCCUCUUCCGCUCAAGGACUUACCACAUCCACAUCUCCAGUAUCCUCAUCUUCGGCCCAAGGAAGUGCUACAUCGCCAAUUACUUCGAUUGUCCAAUACACCACCUCUACAGCUUACGUAACCUCUGUUUAUACCAUCACAUCUUGCGCAGCCACCAUAACCGAUUGCCCAGGGAGAAUUGGUUCCGUAACCACCGAGACAAUUUCCUCUUACACUACCGUUUGCCCUGUAACUGAAACCAGUGGAAAUGGUGGUAUUGUUAGCUCGACAUCUUCCUCCACCGGAGUUCCCGUUCCAACCACAACAGUUACUUCAUAUGGAACUUCAACUGUCUACCAGACAUCUGUUUAUACUAUCACCUCAUGUGCCCCAAGUGUAACAGAUUGUACGGCUAGAUCUGGCCAAGUCACAACUGAGACUAUCUCAUCAUACACUUCCGUGUAUCCAAUCACUGUUUCUAGCGCCCCUGUCAAUGUACCUUCCUCUGGCGCCUCUUCUGCUGCUGGAAUCGAGACCUCAGUACCAGCUGUCAAGAUCUCUUCCACCGCUGCCGCUUUCAGUUCGAUCCCUUCAAUUGGAGCUUCAUCUAUCGCCGGUGUAUCGUCAGCAAUUCCAACCAAGGGGGCUUCUUCCGCCGCUGGAAUCGUAACCUCAGUCCCAGUCAUCGGAGCAUCCUCAUCCGCUGCUAAUCCCGAAGCCGCAUCCCCAACAAGCGUCUACACAACCCUAAUCUCCACUCUAAUCAAUUCCCAAACCACCACCAUCUCCGCCAUCAUCGCUCCUUCAGUCAUCACCGUCGUCCCCGUUGCAAUCGCAUCCCCAUCUCCCGCCACCAGCAUCGCACCACCAUACAGCGUGGCGCCACCUUACGGUGCUGGAAACGGCACCUUGGUCGCCACUGGUACCGCAUCGUCGAUCACCAGAGUGCCAAAACCAAGUUCGUACGUGGUUAAAGCGGAAGGUGCGAGCACCAGCGCGAAGAGUGGAAGCGUGACGACGCAGACCCCGGUAGCGAACCCAAGCGCGGUUACUUUUGAGGGAGGUGCGGAGACAUUGGUUAAGGGCAUGGGUAUGUGGGUUGCGGUGGGUAUGAUGGGUUUGGUUCUUUUGAUUUAG